AUGGGUUCCCGUGAUGAUGGAGUCGCCACGGCCAGCGGCAAUGGCGUGCCAGACGCCGGCGCGAUUAUGGAAAAGUAUGCUCAUGAAGCCCAGAAACGAGUCCAAUACCGGCCCGAGGGCUUGGCGCAAUAUGCCGACCUGCGAAGGACCGAAUCAGGACGCUUCCACGCUCUCGCUGAGGAUCCGUGGGCGGAUCACGACGCCCUCAACGCGAGAGAGUCACCACUCAAGGACGGCGAAAAGGCGAACGUGGUCAUCCUGGGUGGUGGUCUCGGUGCACUUCUUGCUGCAGUCAGGCUUGUCCAACACGGGUUUGACGCCGGCGACAUUCGAUUCAUAGACUCGGCUGGUGGCUUUGGCGGUACUUGGUAUUGGAAUCGCUACCCAGGCCUGCAUUGUGAUGUAGAAUCGUACAUCUAUUUGCCAUUCCUAGAAGAGACAGGCUACAUGCCGAAGAAGAAAUACUCACCGGGACACGAGAUCUUGGAGUAUGCACAGAGGAUUGCGAAGCAUUGGGAUUUCACGGACAAGGGCCUCUUCAGGACCCAGGUGAACGACUUGAAAUGGAAUGAAGGUACCAAGAUGUGGUCAGUGAGCUUGACUGAGAACCGAGGACCCGGCGAGUCGCCUCGAAACCUGAAGGUAGAAGCACAGUACUUCAUCGUCGCAUCUGGCGUGCUGUCACGGCCACAGGUGCCCAAGGUGCCCGGGCUGGAGUCCUUCGUUGGAGAUAUGUUUCACACAUCACGCUGGGACUGGAACGUCACAGGGGGCACGCCUACUGACGAAAACAUGAGCAAGCUCAAGGACAAGAGGGUCGGCAUAAUCGGAACAGGCGCAACCGCGAUCCAGGUAGUACCCAGGCUCGCAAAAUAUGCCAAAGAGCUGUAUCGGGCCACAGACCCGGACGAGUGGAAGACGGAGAUCGCCGCUAAGGAGGGCUGGCAGGAAGAACGGAUGGUCAAUUUCACCUUGUACGUGUGCAGAAAUGAGGGCCGCGACGCGCUAAACCUGGUCGACGACGAGUGGACGAGGCUCGAUGCAUAUCACGCCCAGCUCGGGUCCACUCGCAAGCCACCCGUCGCGCCGACGCCCGAGGCCAUCGGGGCCCACAUCGCCGAGUUUGUGGGUCUGGACCUCCCUCAGGCGGAGGCGGCCCGCAAGAGAGUCGACGAUCUCGUCGAGGACAAGGAGACCGCGGCCAAGCUCAAGCCGUGGUACCCCUCGUGGUGCAAGCGCCCGACCUUCAGCGACGAAUACCUCCAGGCGUUCAACCUGCCCAACGUGCACCUCGUCGACACCGACGGGAAGGGCAUCGAGUCUGCCACCGAGAAUGCCGUGGCGUUCGGCGGCAAAGAGUAUCCGCUCGACGUGCUUGUCCUGUCCACGGGCUUCGUGUCUCCAUCUGCCGGGGGAGGAGACCCGGCCCUCCGAUCCGGGAUCCGUGUCUCGGGACGCAACGGUUUGGUCUUCCAGGACAAGUGGGAGGCCCGAGGGGCGACGACGCUGCACGGUAUCCUCAGCCAUGACUUCCCGAAUCUGUUCUUUCUCAGCCCCCUGCAGGCAGGCAGCGCUGCAAACAACGUCCACAUGCUGGAUGUACAAGCCAGGCAGAUAGGUUAUAUCCUGGGUCAGGCAAGGAACAGGAGGGCGGCGACCGUUGAGGCGUCGGCGGAGAGUGAGGAGGAAUGGAGCCUCAAGUGCUUGUCCGGGGCGGCGUGGUAUGCGCCCAUCUCGAUGUGUACGCCCGGGUACAUGACGAAUGAGGGUGAGAGCUUUGGCAAGCAGCUCGAACCUGCAGAGGCGAUGAAGAGGGGCCGAGGAUCGCCAUGGUCGGGGGGUUUGUUGAGCUACGCUGGGAUGCUGGCCGAGUGGAGGGAGAAGGGCGGUUUGGACGGAGUUGCCAUUGAGCAAUAA